AUGGAGACUCUCUCGCCUGCCGCGAGUUCGAGAGGACCUAGGAAACGUCUGAGGGUCAACGAGGCAUGCACUCCAUGUCGGGACCGCAAGACGCGCUGUGAUGCUCGGCAUCCUGUCUGCCGCGCAUGUGAGAAUCGCGGCGUCGGCCACAACUGUUCGUACGAUACGCCGCGCGCUAGCCAGCGCCGCCGUUUUCAUCAGGCCGAGCCUGUGCCAUCGCAAUCAGCACCUAACACCACAUAUGGUUCUCCUCCAAUGCCCGUUGCACGAUUGGACACAGCAGACAAGCCCCAUGGCCAUCAUAAUGAGCCAUCACCGGGUCAGCCAUGGUCCUCCACCCAGAGCGAUGGUUUGGCAACCUUCGUCGGACGCGAAGACAGCUCUGUUUAUGGCCCGUCAUCCACCAUUGUAUUUGUCCAACACGUCUUGUCUGAUGAAGCUUCUUGUGAGACAGGCCUUCCUCCUCCCACGCCGGAUAGCCACUACGACAAAGUCCACAUCCCUGAGAGGAUGCCAGAGCCAAACGACGGAAUGGCAGUGCUUCCUCGACGACAUAGCGCGGACGAUUUCAUUGCCUGUUUUUGGGACUUCAUCCACCCAAUGUUCCCUGUCCUGCACAAACCCACCUUCACCGCGAGGUACGAGCGGUUUUGGGUACUCGAAAGUAGCGGCCAGGUUUCUCAACUAUCCCAGCACGCAGCCGAUGAGAACAACAUCUUUUUGUCAACGCUGAAUCUUGUCCUUGCUCUCGGUUGCAAGUUCAGCAACCUCAUUCCAGACAAACAAAAAUCCUCUGUGGGAGAUGACUUCUACAAGAAAUCUCGUCAACUGUUCAUAUUUGAUGCGCUAGACUCGGCGUCCCUGCCUUUGGUGCAGCUUCUCGUGUUGAACGGGGUUUACCUUCAGUCUACACCAUAUGCGAACCGUUGCUGGAACGCAAUAGGCCUUGCCAUUCGCGUGGCCCAGAGCCUUGGGCUACACCUGGAAGCAAGAGUCAGCCAGAACAGUUCGCAGGUAGAGCGGGAAAUGAUGAGGCGCGUUUGGCAUUCUUGUGUUAACUUGGAUCGUUUGCUUGCCAUGACGUUUGGGCGGCCAACGAUGGUCCAGAGGCCAAACAGUCUUGCUUUGCCUGCCAUGGUUGAUGACGAAUAUCUAAGCGAUACAGGCCCCCCAGGGAAGCAACCUUCGGGAAUGCCAUCGCGCUUUGGCUUAUUUGUGUCAUCUUGUACGCUUUUAGAGCUACUUGAAGAGGUAUUGGCAUCUUUGUCUAGACACGAGCCAGUGACCAAAAACAUGCAGAGCAAAGGUGAAGCCAAAAUUCAACAGGGUGAAAUCUUGACUUGCAUUCUGAGUUUGAACCGUCGUCUAAACGAAUUCGCAAGCACUAUUCCUGCAUAUUUGAAGUUGUCUGAUAAGGAGAUAACGCCCACCUCGUCUGUUAACCAUGUUGCGUUACAGCAACACGUCUUGCAUUGCCGGUUCUUACUUACGCGGCUGUUGCUUCUUCGUCCUCUGCUUUUGAGCACAAUCAUUGGAGAGAAGAUAUCUCCGAUAGACGCCCUAGACAGCAUUGGGCAGCCGCUUCUGGAUCAUGCAGUGAUCCAGCAGUGUUGCGAGCUCUGUCUACAGACAGCGUACGGCCUAGUCGACACGCUGUAUUGGAACCUGGGCACCUUAUAUCGCACUUCGGGGUGGCAUACCGUUUACUUUACAUUUUCUGCCACGAUCGUCCUGCUCGCUUCUUUGAAAUGUGAACUUCUUGACCUCCAGCCGGGAGACAAGGCAUUUCGAACUUGCUGGUCCCGUUCCUUGUCUAUUUUGAAGCACUACGAACAUCAGGUGCAUUCGGCGUCGCAUGCAAUUCACUCAUUAACCGAGAUCAGACGUCGCGUUUUCCAGACUACCGGCUCAGCGCUCAACCCCAAAGUGGGAGAACUUUCACCUACACCUCCUGUGGACAAUAACUUGGUUGCUCUCUUUGACGCACAUUCUUUUGACAUAUCCUCGAGUGGUGAUGCCUCCUCCACUUGUGAUCCUAUUACUGAGAACUUUCUAGCCACUGACCUCAUGCAUGCUGAAUGGCUGGAUUUCUUCACAUGA